AUGGAUAUCCCGUCGGAAAACAGCAGCAAUGCAGCCAGGAGACAAGGCUCAGACAAAGCACAGUCAUUAGAACCCAUUCCGAAACUCGCAAGAGGUUGUCGAGUUAUGUUACGUUACAAUCUUUGGACUGAAGCGGGUAUCGUCAAUGGUGCGUUGGGUACAUUGACAUCUAUUUUAUAUGAAUCUGGUCAACGGCCACCAACAAUACCCGUUGCUCUGUUCAUUCAAUUCGACAACUACAGAAGACCAUGCUACUCGGAUAAUUCAAUCCCAAUAGUUCCAAUUACGCGGCAUUGGAAGUCAGACGGAAACGAUUGCUGGCGAAAACAGUUCCCAAUAAAUGUGGUACAUGUAGUUAAUAUCCAUAAAUCACAAGGUUUAACGUUGGAUAAAGCUGUAAUCAACAUCGGUGAAACAGAAAAAGCAAUGGGUAGCAAAGCAGCAAUAAUUGCUCAUUUGUAA